UCAUCAUUCAAUCUCUCUCCUCUCUCCUCUCUCUCUCUCUCUCUGUGUCUCUCUCUCUCUCUGUUCCGAUCCGAUCUAAAUCGCUCUCCGCCGAAACAGAAAGACACCCAUUGACACACUCCCAAAGCUGCAUCACUUUCCCUCCUCAAGUUCUUUCCUUUCCUCUCUCGUCUUGGCGGGUCUCAUGAUUCUUGCCUCCCCCCCCCCCCCUUUUUUUCCCUCUUGGGGUCACGGGGUCCUCGCCUUUCUUCUGCAUUGAUGAUCCCUCCCAUCUUUGAUCGGUAUCAAAUUGCUUUUAUGGAGCCUCUCUUUGAUGAAUUGAAUCCCAUACCAAAGACUCAGAAUUCGGCAGCUUUGAUAGGGAAUAACGUGCCUUCGACAUCAAGUACUCCUCGGCCAUCUCGGCCUCCCUCUCCUAGACAAUCUAGAAAUGGAUCGUCUACUGCAUCCUCUGCAAGUACGCCUAGUUCUGGCGUGAGGCCGAUCCGGCACCCAAAUGGUUCGCUUAGCAGUGAGAAGCAGUCGCAGAAAUCGGCCCAAAGUGGCAUGCAAAGCGAAGAAUUGCCAAGCUUGGCAAGACAAGCUUACAAUUUAAGCAAGGGGAAAUCCGAACAAGUAAUCCCGAAUGGUGUUAUUGAUAAAUCGUCGGGAAGUUCUAAACGGGACAGUAAAAUGGCAGAAACCAAAUCUUCCGUGAAGCUAGUCUUUGAUGAUUCUGAGAACUCUGAUACAAGUGGCUUGGUGGAGCCUGAAAGCCGUGUUUUUGGUGCAUGUAAAGGAAUUUCUGGCCUAUCGAGCAGUCAGUUGGCAUCUCUCUCGAAAGCAAAUUUUUGCACUAGCCCUCAAAACAGCAUGUAUUCUGCCACUCUGUAUGCAGAGGCAAAACAGAGCUUCACCAACACGGAAGUCAGUGAAUGUGUGAGCAGUAUUGAGAAAUCGGGUGAAAGUGCAGACGUUAGCAACUCAUGCGACUUUAUUGAGAGCAGGAAAACCAGCCUUUACAGGGGCAGUACGGGGAGUGAUGUCAGCGAUGAGAGCAGCUCAAGCAGUUUCAGCAGCGCCAUGUACAAGCCUCACAAGGCAAAUGACACGAGAUGGGAAGCAAUCCAAGCUGUGCGAUCUCGUUUCGGGGCAUUGGGGUUGGAUACCUUCAGGUUCUUGAAGAAAUUGGGGUGUGGAGAUAUAGGCAGUGUGUAUCUAUCUGAGUUGAAAGGCACCCGAAGUUAUUUUGCCACAAAGGUCAUGAAUAAAGAAGCUUUGGCCGGUCGGAAGAAGCUUCUGAGGGCUCAGACAGAGAGGGAGAUAUUGCAGUCUCUGGAUCAUCCCUUCCUUCCGACUUUGUAUGCACACUUUGAGACUGUGAGGUUCACUUGCCUGGUAAUGGAGUUUUGCCCUGGGGGGGACCUGCAUGCACUCCGGCAAAGGCAACCAGGAAAAUAUUUUUCCGAGCAUGCUGCCAGGUUUUAUGUGGCGGAAGUUCUCCUUGCUUUGGAGUACUUGCAUAUGCUUGGGAUCAUUUAUAGGGAUCUUAAACCAGAGAAUGUUUUAGUUAGGGAAGAUGGGCACAUAAUGCUUUCAGAUUUCGAUCUCUCUCUAAGAUGUGCUGUCUCCCCCACUCUGGUCAAAUCGUCAAACUCAAGCCUUGAGUCGAAGAGCUCGGGAUUCUGCGUUCAGCCCGCUUGCAUCGAACCAACCUGUGUAAUGCAACCAGAUUGCAUCCAACCUGCAUGUUUCACACCACGCUUAUUUUCAAGCAAGAGCAAAAAGGAAAAGAAGAACAAACCCAGGACCGAAAUAUAUCACCAAGUGAGCCCUCUCCCUGAGCUCAUUGCAGAACCUACCAAUGCUCGAUCUAUGUCCUUUGUUGGUACACAUGAGUACUUGGCACCUGAAAUAAUCAAAGGUGAAGGACAUGGCAGUGCAGUAGAUUGGUGGACAUUCGGAAUCUUUCUUUAUGAGCUUUUGUUUGGAAAGACCCCAUUCAAGGGGGCGGGGAACCGAGCUACCCUGAUCAACGUUGUGGGGCAGCCUUUGAGAUUUCCCGAGACACCGAGUGUGAGUUUUGCCGCAAGAGACUUGAUCAGAGGGUUACUUGUUAAGGAACCACAGCAUCGGCUCGCUUAUAGGCGUGGAGCUACCGAAAUCAAGCAGCACCCCUUCUUUCAGAGCGUGAACUGGGCGCUAAUUCGUUGUGAGAAUCCCCCGGAUGUGCCCAAACCAGUAACACCAGAGUCUCCGAUGAAGCCCGCUAGUAGUACUCCACAGGCAUCAGCCAGUGAAGUGACAGGCGUGGAUGUGAAACCUUCGGGUAAUUAUUUAGAGAUUGAUUUUUUCUAAUGGCUCUGCUCUCCUCUCUGUCGCUCUGUCCCCCACCAGUUUCUGUUAUAUCUCUUGUAUUUUGUUCCAAUGGUUCCUCGUCCAUUGAUGAAGCAAUGUGAAUCUAACUCUCAUGGACCAGCGGAUGUAACUGCUCCAUUGUUACUAGGCCUCCCAAGUGUAUUGAAUGAGGAACGAAUUUGUCACUCUUUUAUCA